AUGACAACGGUGGAGGUACCCAAUGACAAUCAACAACCCAUCCCUAAGAAGCAGUGGUGCUUGUGUCCACUCAACUCUGAUGACAUGUUCGGGGAUAUUCUUUUGCCUGAUCAAGGGGAGGUCAAAAUCGGAAGAGCCAUUCUUGGGAUAAGUGACAGAAAAAUAUCACGAACUCACCUUGGCCUCCGUAUCCAAGACAGAGAACUUUCAAUAAAGCUGUUACACAAAAAUCCCUGCCACGUGAAGAAAGUGGGUCAAUCCAUAGCUCAAGACAUACCAUCAGACAGAUUCAUAACCCUCAACGAAGGAGACCAGAUUAGUUUGAUGUGUGCUUAUGCGUAUGCUGUAGACUUCAAAGAUAUUUCUGCAGCUCAGCCCCCCAAGUUUCGUGCUAGAACCAGUUCAGUUUUGACGACAGCAACAGAACCUGACUGUAUUCAGAUAGCAAGAUCGCAGUCUGCUGGAUCUCGACAUCAUUUUGUCAACUAUGAUCCAGUCCCUCACUUUGACAGAGAUGUUGUCGCUGAAGAAGAUGAGAUAAUUGAUGAUGCUUUACCCCAAGGAGAUCUAGAUUCUCACAUGAGUUGGAGGGAUCCUGACAAAGGUUCUGUUUUUAAGUCCUGUCAUGAGCCUCUUGAUAACCCUGCCGGAGCAGUCCCAGGUCCGGACAGGUACCACCAGGACUGGUUAGUUAUUGACGUGACGGAGGAGGUGGCUAAAGUAGCUCCUGAGAUUAAGGCGCGUAACAGUGAUGAUGAGGAUGGGUCUAUGUUCUCUAACCACAGCGAAGAAAAGUGCUCUUACAGGUCUAGGGUCCUAUACAGUCAGAAUCAGGCGAAGCCAAAGUCAAUCAUCUGGAGAAACAUAUGUGGCAACACUCCAAAAGAAAACGAAUAAACUAAAUUGAUUUGAUUGAUAAGACUUUUGGACGUUGCUUAAUAUUACUGUGUCAGUGUGUGUUGCUGUGCAGCCACUUAUUAUCAUUUAUUCGCAUGGGUAAUAAUAAUAAUAAUAAUGAUGUAAUGAGUGAAGAGAGAGGAAGAGAGAGAGAGAGAGAGAGAGAGAGAGAGAGAGAGAGAGAGAGAGAGA